CGAGCGCGUCCACCCGCCCGCCCGCCAGCCGCGGGGAUGAGCGCCUCGGCGGCCACCGGCGUCUUCGUCUUGUCCCUCUCCGCCAUCCCCGUCACGUACCUCUUCAACGCUUUGGCCGCCACCGGCAGCUCCUGGGUCGUGGUAGGGAUUGGACUGUUGGUUCUGCUCCUGGUGGGCCUCGCUGCUCGGUUCUUGGUGAAAAGAAAGCCACCACGAGACCCUCUCUUUUAUGUUUAUGCCGUGUUUGCUUUCACCAGCAUUGUGAAUUUGAUCAUUGGGCUCGAACAUGAUGGAGUGAUAGAUGGAUUCAUGACCCAUUAUUUGAAAGAGGGAGAGCCCUACCUGAACACUGCGUACGGCCACAUGAUCUGCUACUGGGAUGGUUCCGUCCAUUAUUUGAUGUAUCUCUUGAUGGUGGCAGCUAUUGCGUGGGAGGAAAGUUACCGGACUAUUGGGCUAUACUGGCUGGGAUCCAUUGUGAUGAGUAUUGUAGUCUUUGUGCCGGGAAAUAUUGUGGGAAAAUACGGAGCGAGAGUUUGUGCUGCAUCGUUGUUAAGUAUGCCAUACAUUUGUCUCCCAAUAUGGGCUGGAUUCAAAAUCUAUCAUCAGCCUUCUGCAAUGGGUGAUUCUCCAGCCAAGGCAAUCCAAGAAGUGCAACAAAGGAAUCUUCUGAGAAGGCCUGUAGACCUGCUGUUGGCUGCAUACUUCAUCUUUGCAACCGGAUUUUGCCUGUUUAGAGGCAUGGUAGCCUUAGACUGUCCAAUGGAACUCUGCCGACUUUACAGCCAGCUCCAUGAGCCAUACAUCAAGGAUCCAUCAGCCUAUCCCAAACUUCAGAUGCUGGUGUACAUGUUCUACUCUGUGCCAUACUACAUAAUCUCGGUCUACAGUUUGCUUGUGCCUGGAUGCUCUUGGAUGCCUGAUCUAACCAUUAUUCAUGCUGGCGGACUAGCCCAGGCCCAGUUUUCACACAUCGGUGCUUCUCUUCAUGCUAGAACUCCAUACGUCUACCGAGUCCCUGAAGAAGGAAAGAUGUGGUUCCUGAUACUCAACAUAACAUAUGGAGUCCUGCCCCAGCUUUUGGCUUAUAGGUGUGUCUGCAGUCCAGAGUUUUUCCUGAAGGCAAAGCCCGAAGAGAAAGCUGAAUAGGGUGAUUGGAGCUACGUGCUUAAAUUGGUGUAACUGGACUCGCAUUGCAAACUCUGUGCAGCUCAAUUGGGAAGAAGUGUCACAAGCGGGUGUUAUAUAUCAUUGCUGAAAAUAAAGACUACUUCUGUCUUUCAUAGCA